UUGAGUUUCACAUGUUGAAAUUUGUCGUCUGUUUUGAAAUGGUGUUUACAAAUUUGUGAAGGAGGAAUGUUUUUCGCGAGGGUCAUGAGAUGAGGGGAACGUCACCCAGAACCCCUGGGGUAGCUUUGAAGCUACAGGUGGGGUUUUAUUUCGCUUAUUACCUCAUCCUGUUGCUGCCACUCACUUCCUCACUCAACAACAGUACAGCCUACUUCAACUCCACCUUCAACUCGUCUCUCACCAUCAACAACAGCCGACUCAUCUUUGAUAGCAAUGCCUUCCAGACGACUUUCUCCUUCAAGACUUGUAACAAUGGGCAGCUACUUUACCAGAGGGGCCAGUCAGGGGACUAUUUUAGUAUACAAUUAAUUAAUGAAAGUUUAGAUAUUCGGUGGAAGUCCAGUUCUAGUCAAAUUUCUGUGUCAGCUAACACGAGACUCAAUAAUAAUGCAUGGUAUAUCCUGGAUCUGAGAAAUAGACUUGGUGUAGUGACUUUAGAAAUCUUAAAGGGUAGUCAGAUACAACACAGGAUAUUCUUAGCUAAUUCAACUUACCAAUCCAGUCUGUUCACCAUUGAUUUGACUGGAAACGAUGGUUUGGUGAUUGGACGGGGUUUCACAGGGUGUGUGCUGGAGGGCCCUGGGAUGACCUUCAAGGAUAACAGCAAUGUCAGGGCCAUAGGUGUGUUAUGGAGCCUGAACACCUGUCCACUAGAUGGCAUCACCUGUAAUAGUGAUGAGGUUUCCCGGUUCUGCUACAACUACCCCUGUCAACAUGGUGGCACCUGUGUAGAGGGGGCUAGCAGUUAUACAUGUCAGUGUGCUCACCUCUACAAUGGAACCAAUUGUGAAAAUGAUCUGAGUGUGUAUGGAUGUAGUGUGAGUCCGUGUCUCAAUGGCGGAACCUGUUCAAAUCAGACCUCGGGAGUUAGGAACUACAGAUGUCAGUGUAAGCCAGGAUACACGGGAACCAACUGUGAGAAAGAUAUAGAUGAAUGUGCAAUAAAUCCCUGUGUGAACGGAGUAUGCAUUGAUGGCAUAAAUUCCCACACUUGUAACUGUACUGGUACAGGUUAUUCUGGAAGUUCUUGUGAUAUUGAUGUCAAUGAGUGUCAGGUGACCCCAGACUUAUGUGGUAGUGGAACAUGUUAUAAUUUACCAGGAUCAUUCCGAUGUUCUUGCCCAGCUGGAUAUGAGGGAGAGAAAUGUUUGACGAACACAGAUGACUGUGCCUCUGCCCCAUGUAAGAAUGGGGGGACUUGUCAGGAUGAAGUGGGAGGAUUCAACUGCAGCUGUGUGCAGGGAUUUCAGGGGAAGCAAUGUGAAGUCAAUGCUGAUAAUUGUCUUGGUGUCAACUGUACGGGAGCCAACCAAAUCUGUCAGGAUCUUACCAACGCUUACGCUUGUGUAUGCAAACCAGGCUUCACAGAUAAUUCUGGCAGUUGUGUAGACAUUGAUGAAUGUGCUUCCUCCCCUUGCCGUAAUGGAGCGACAUGUAUGAACUUGGAGAAUGAGUAUCGGUGUGUUUGUGUGGCGGGCUAUACGGGAGCAAAGUGUGAUGCCAACAUCGAUGAGUGUUCCCCUCAGCCAUGUCAGAAUGGUGCCACGUGUGAAGACAAAGUGAAUGACUACAUUUGUCAUUGCUCACCAGGCUUUACCGACAAAAACUGUUCCACAAACAUAAACGAAUGUAACAGCAGUCCCUGUAAAAAUGGAGCCACCUGUACUGAUCAGAUAAAUGGCUACAAAUGUCACUGUGGGGCGGGGUGGACGGGUAAGACUUGUGAGGUGGAUAUUGAUGAAUGUGUCUCACAGCCUUGUAAGAAUGGAGGGACCUGUACUGAUUAUCUGAAUUACUACAACUGUACGUGUACGGGGGGCUGGACGGGGAAACAGUGUACUGUAGACAUCGACGAAUGUCACAACCAGCCGUGUCAAAACGGAGCAAUGUGUCACAACCUCCAGAACGCCUAUAACUGUACCUGUGCCCCGGGAUUCACUGGAUCUAACUGUCAAACUGAUAUUAAUGAGUGUGAACCAAACCCUUGUCAAAACGGGGGCACCUGCCAAGACAGAGUAAAUGGGUAUGAGUGCAUUUGCACUUCUACAUUUAUGGGUAAGAACUGCUUGCAACUCUAUGAUGCUUGCUUCUUCAAGCCCUGUCUGAAUGGUGCCACUUGUAGCUCAAUGCUGGGGUCACAUGACUAUAACUGCACGUGUGUGACAGGCUUCGCGGAUAAGAACUGUUCCACGAAUAUUGACGACUGUUAUGGGUCACCUUGCACGCUGCCAUUUGUGUGCUAUGAUCUGAUUAAUGAUUACAGAUGUGCUUGUCCUAUAGGAAAAGAAGGCAAUGACUGCGAACAAGACAUUGAUGAGUGCCUUUCCUCUCCUUGUUCAAAUGGUGGAACUUGUCAUAAUGAGUUAGGACGUUACCGUUGUGAGUGUCCGCAGGUCCUUGUCAAUUUAACCAAAUAUGGUCAUGGUCAGAAGCUGGAGUUUUUGUCUGGUUUUACUGGUGUAAACUGUGAACAAGACAUUGACGAGUGUAAUUACUCCUCCCCUGCGAUCUGCCUUCACAACGGCUCCUGUACGAACACACAUGGAGACUAUAACUGCUUGUGUGGACCUGUGUAUGAUGGAGUUUAUGCCACAGGUAAUAAUUGUGAGCUGUCUACGUCCUACUGUGAGUCUGCUGAUGAGGUGAAGGGGGACCCUCCUGCCUGUCAUAACGGGGGCACCUGUCUGCCCGAUUCUGAGAGCUUUACCUGUAGCUGUGCGGCAGGAUUUACAGAUAGAAGAUGUAAAACAAACAUAGAUGAAUGCGAGUCGUCUCCCUGCCAGUAUGGGGGGACAUGUAUUGACGGAAUAGCUCGCUACGAGUGUCAGUGUAUCCCAGGAAUCACUGGUCCUAACUGCGAGACAGAUAUAGAUGAAUGCCAGUCCAACCCCUGUCUGAACAGCGGUAUCUGUAUUGACCACAUCAAUGGACUGGAUGGGUUUGACCCUAGCACUUUACCUCCUGAUUCUACUGGGUAUGAUUGUAACUGCACAGACACAGGAUUUAAUGGUACAAAUUGUGAGCUGAACAUUGAUGACUGUGCCUCCAGUCCUUGUCAGAAUGAGGCUACCUGUUCUGACCUCAUCAAGGAUUACAACUGCACCUGCCACAAUGGGUAUUUAGGAAAGAAUUGUGAGACAGACAUCGAUGAAUGCCAGUCCAGCCCGUGUCAGUACAAUGGGUCCUGCCUGGAGAGAUCCAAACCCUCUACAUUCCAGCAGGUCCCGAGUCUGGGAGACUUCUCAUAUGCUAACGCAGCUGGUUACUAUUGCCAUUGUAUUCCUGGAAUAACAGGUGUAAAUUGUGAAAUAAACAUAGAUGAAUGUGUAAACAACACGUGUGAGCAUGGAUCUACCUGUCUGGAUCGGAUUAAUUACUAUGACUGUGAGUGUGCACCUGGGUAUAGAGGAACCAGGUGUGAGAUUGAAAUUGAUGAAUGUGUGGAAUUAACACCUUGUCAAAAUGGAGCAACCUGUAUCGACAAGGUGGCAGCCUAUGAAUGUAGGUGUGCACCUGGGUAUAAAGGUGAAAGAUGUGAGACGGAAAUCGAUGAGUGUUCUGAAUAUAGGCCAUGUCGGAAUGGUGCUACCUGUAUUGAUAAGGUAGCAGAUUACAACUGUCAGUGUGCUGCAGAGCCAGAUUCCAGUGACAGAAUAUUUGCCGGGAAAAACUGUACAGUGGAGCUACGAGCUUGUAAAGAUGGUGGAAACACUGUGUGUCAAAAUGGAGCUACUUGUGUUCCAUACCUUAAGUCAGAAGUACCUACAGUCCAGGAGGAUUUCUACUGUAAAUGUGCUCCAGGAUUCACAGGACAGGCAUGCACAAUAGAAACAACCUUUUCCUUUAACGGACGAUCUACUUCAGUCGAGCGUGUCUUAAAUCAAAUUGGAAACAUCACUGUGGAGUUCAGUUUUAGAACCACUUUAUCGAAUGCAAUUCUACUGAUGUGGAGUGGAGAAUAUUAUUCUACCAAAAUAUUUUUGCAUAUUGAAAUCUUUGAGGGCCUGUUAUAUAUGGGGUAUAUUCCAUAUGCAACUGAAAUAACAUCUGCAUAUCUUCACAUUCCAGUAAAAAUAAAUGAUGGAAACUGGCACAGCAUAUACCUUCACCAGCUAAAUGACACAGACACUGAUGACAAGGGGCAGAUUUCUUUAAAUUUAACCAGCCCACAUUGUGUCAACAAUCGCACAGUUUGUGAAAAAGUAGUCUAUUAUCGCCAUGUGGCAAAUUCAUUUCCAAAGAAAGAGCUGAUUUUUGGAAAUACUGGACAUGUCACCAGGACAUCAAAUACUAGGUCACAAGUGGCAUUCAAAGGGUGCAUGCAAGACAUGGCAGUGAACGACAAUGUGGUUUUAGAUGUGAACAGUGAUUUCAAUAUUCCUCUAGACUUAGCGCGUGGGUGUGACAGAAGAGAACAGUGUAAGGCAGACACCUGUAGUAACCGUGGUACCUGCACAGAUCUGUGGGACGAUUUCUCCUGUAAAUGUAACCGUCGCUACCUUGGAAAAAGAUGUGGAGAAGAGUAUAUACCAGCAACUUUUGCCAAGGACAACACAUCAAUAAGUUUCACAACUUUUAGUAUUCCUCAAGAUAAGAAAGAUGAUCUUAGAAAUUUUGUAGAAUUGACCAUGUUCCUCCGAACUCGUGAGUUGAGCGGACUCAUCACUUAUCUGGGCAAUGACAACUCAACCUUUCUGACCUUAGAAAUCUACCAGGGGAAGCUUGCCAGCAGACUCAUGUUGUGUGAAUCCCAGACGGUUCAGUUUAUUGUGGACAAUGACACCCUGAUAAAUGAUGGCCAGCAGCAUUUUGUAGGAGUCAGAUUUCUCAAGGGACAGAAGUUUCAGCUCUUUAGGAAUGGAAACCCAGUACAGUCACAGGCCAUUCAGCCCACAGGAAGUUGUAACUUUGAUGCUAAAUACCUGAUCUUUGGUGGGGAAAUUCCUCAGUACUUGAAGCAGUCAGGGCGAUUCAGGAGAGAGACGGAUGUUAUCACGGUGAACGGCCUCCAAGUCCCCAAAAUGAAUCAGCUACCUAUCUAUAAGGGAACUAUUCAAGAUGCUGAAAUUAGUAAUGAAAAACUGGUUUUCUUUCCUGGAAAUACUUCAGUUCCUAGUAAUUUUUCACUGACAAACAUCACUGGAGUGGUCCAAAAUGAAGUUACUGAUGAUGUCUGUACAUUUGAGUCUCCAUGUACACAUAAUGGAACUUGUUUCAAUGUUUUCUACAAUGACUUCAGAUGUGACUGUCCACGAGGAUUCAGGGGAAAGAACUGUAGUGAUAUUGAUUUCUGUGAUGAGGACUCCUGCCCUAAAACAGCCACCUGCCAAAGUCUUCGCAACGGAUUUGAAUGUAUAUCUACCACAUUAUUUGACGCCUCAAGUCAUGUGGAGUACAUUCCAAGAUUGAAUCCAGGUAGAAGAAUUAAGGAAGUGUCAAUCCAAAUGAGAUCCUUAGUCAAAAAUGGAUUGAUUCUCUUUGCCCAGAAUGGUCCCUACGUCCUUAAGAUCCGCAUCAGAGGAGGGAGGAUCGAGGUUUUAUAUCAUGUCAGGAAUGGACAAAGAGAAAUCAUAGAGGUAGAUUAUGAUGUUAAUGAUAGGGAAUUCCAUACAGUGACUCUGACCGAAAAUGCUGCAAAUAUGACACUUGCUGUGAUAGGCCCUAACAGAAACAUCUCUAAAGACUUUACGUUGAACAGUGGUCCUACUGUCAAUCUGACAGCAUUAUUUACCAAUGAUGAUAGCAACAGAAAGUUAUCACUAGGUCGCUACCAAGGUGCCAGUGAAAAGUGGUUUUACAAGGGCUGUCUGCGGGAAGUACGAAUUGGUGGAAUUCUGCUCCCAUUUUACACAAAGAAUGAGUUCACCAACUACAACACAUCAAUAUAUCUGGAGUACUUUGAAGCACAGGUUGUUAAUGUUAACAAAUAUGGCUGUUCCAUCGCUAGGUCAUGUAGAUACAAUCAGUGUAAACACUCCUCCGUGUGUCAGGAGGAUUACUAUGGUUACACAUGUCAGUGCCCCUCUGGGUACAGCGGACACUGGUGUCAGACAAAUAACGAUGAUUGUGGAACACCCCCAGCCUGUGGGAGAGGGGGAAGGUGUGUGGAUGGAGUCGACGCCUUUACUUGCCAAUGCAGAAAGGGAUACAGUGGUACAAGGUGCCAGAACUACACAGAUCCCUGUAACCCUGACCCCUGUCUGAACAGCGGGGCAUGUACGGACGAUGGGGGGACGGCAAUCUGUAACUGUACCAGUGGAUACACAGGAAAUACCUGUGACACACCUAUUACACAGACUUGUAAUGACAGUCCAUGUCAAAACAAUGCAACAUGUAAUGUAGAAACUGGAAAACAGCCUCCAUUCAGCUGCUCGUGUCCUGUGGAAUAUACAGGGUCUCUCUGUGACAUGAAGAAGGACUUCUGUAGUGACCUUCCUUGUUUAAAUGGGGGCACCUGUAACAACGAUUAUACAGGAAAUACUUACACAUGUUCGUGUGUCGCAGGAUAUGAUGGCAAGAACUGUAGUAACAACAUUGACGACUGCAGAUCAGAACCAUGUCGUAACAAUGGCACCUGUGUGGACCUUGUAGAUGACCAUAUUUGUAACUGUACUGAUGGUUGGGAAGGCCAGUCCUGUAAUGCAGACAUCAAUGAAUGUGAUCACCAGCCCUGUCAGAGAGGAAUGUGUGUUAAUACUGCAGGAAGCUACCACUGUAAUUGUGUAGGGGAUGGCAUAGGAUACACAGGCCCGGACUGUGGGGAGGACUAUGAUGAGUGUACAGCAGAGAGCCCCUGUGCCAAUGGAGCCACCUGUCUGAACUUUGAUGGAGGAUACAAUUGUAGCUGUACGGAGGGCUAUAAGGGACAUAACUGUACUGUUGUGGACUGUGACAGUGUGUCCUGUCAAAACGGGGGCCAGUGUAAACCCCAACCUCCACUCAACAACACCUGGAUGUGUGAAUGUCCUCGCUAUGUUCAUGGUGUUAAAUGUGAAACAUUAGGGCCUUGUUACUCAAGACCAUGUGAUGAGAAUAAUACUGAAAGUUCCUGUACAGAAUCUGGGAAUCUGACCGAUUAUACCUGUCCAUGUAAAAAAGAGUGGCAGGGUAAGAACUGUACAGAGGAUGUUGAUGAGUGCACCACCUCUGCUCCGUGUUCCCCCACUAACAGCUAUAACUGUACUAAUGUCCAGGGAGACUACCUCUGCUACUGUCACCCGGGCUACACCGACAAAAACUGCAACACCGAUAUUGAUGAAUGUGAGAGUGUCUCAUGUGAACACGGGGGCACCUGCAUAGACGAAAUCAACGCUUACACCUGUGUCUGUUCACCUGGGUGGACCAAUACAAGCAACUGUAUGGAGGACAUAAACGAAUGUCUGCCUGAUCCCUGUAAGAACGAUGCUACGUGUGUCAAUACAGCUGGUAGCUUCCACUGUAAAUGUCAGGCCGGCUACAUAGGAGACUACUGUAACACCAAGGAUCCAGAUUUCAGGAAGAUAACUCAGGAAGACAACAUCUGGAUCAUUGUGGGGCCGGUGGUGGCGGGGUGUCUGUUAAUAGUUAUUAUAGGUGUUGUAAUAUUUUUGAAAAUGGCUCGUAAAAAACGACGAACACGAGGGACAUAUAAUCCUAGUCGACAAGAGAUGAAUGGAUCAAAACUGGAACUUGGUCGUGUAUUAAAACCCCCUCCUGAAGAGAGACUAAUUUAGUUAUUGAUUUAGUGGACACCUGUGGUGAAUAUUUCAAUA